AUUUGAAGCUUGAACGAUGCGCUUCCUCUCGUCACGUUGGUUUUUUUUGUUUGUGCAUUUUGACGAAAAUGAUAUCGUGUGUGAUUUUGUGUGUUAUAAAUUAUGGAAACCCUUGGGUGCAGUGACCUGAUAUCUGCCUUGUUACGCAAGGAGUGGAAUUAUAAAUUGAGUUGAUAACAACCCUACAGCAUGACGUCUCGGUUAGAUCGUCUGUUCGUCCUUCUGGAAGCGGGCGCUGGCCCAGCGACCCGUCGUGCAGCAGCCCGACAGCUCGGCGAGGUGCAGAAAGCCCACCCUGAGGAACUGCAUCGUCUGCUUGGCAGGCUUAUGACGCAUCUGCGCUCCCCAGCCUGGGAGACGAGAGUUGCAGCUGCACAGGCUGUCGAGUCGAUCCUUGCGAACGUUCCAGAAUGGCAUCCAACACCGUUCACGGGCAAGAAAGAAGAGAAGGAGAAGACUGAGCCGGAGGACAAUGGCCGGCUGCGAUGUGAGACGUUUGACAUCGAGCGCGUCCUGCAGCAUGGAGCGCACCUCAUGGGCUCCGAGGGACACGAGUACGAUAUGGAUGAAGAGGCACUCAACCCUGCUGAUUCAAAGGAGCGUCUGGCGAAACAGAGGCAGCAAUUGAACGCCCGUCUGGGUCUCGACGUGGCCGCCAAUCUCGGAGUCGAUAUCAGCUCUAUGUACACAAACGAGGACUUGUGUCCCACGAAACCCACUGUUAAUAUUAAUAAGACUGAACCGUGCCGGAGACCAGUACAAGAAAUAGUAACGUCCUCAAAACCUCUGAGUUCUCGGGAGAUGAACCUGGCGAAACGUAAAGCGCGGCUAGCAUUCAGCAAACAGAAGUCUCGCGACUGCAGCGAGGAUGGACCGUCCGCGCCGCCCACGCCACCUGUCGAGCCAGAUAGAAAGAAAAUUAAGCUGGAACAACCUGAUGAGUUUGUGUUCGAGGCUACAGCACCAGUACCAGAUUGUAGCGGUUCCUGGGUGGAUUGCACCCGAUGGCCUCUCGAAGCGUGGGCUGGAGCACUGCAGGCACAGCUGUUCAGUGCGUCGUGGGAGGCGCGACACGGCGCUGCCAGCGCGCUGCGAGAACUACUGCGGGCGAAGAUCGUUAGCUCCGCUGGACAGGAUGUUAACAUGACCAGUGAGGAAAUGGAGCAAGCACAUCAAGAGUGGCUGGAAGACAUGGCGCUCAGGCUGCUGUGUGUGCUCGCAUUAGAUCGAUUCGGAGACUUUGUGUCUGAUCAGGUGGUGGCCCCGGUGCGCGAGACGUGUGCGCAGACGCUGGGCGUGGCGCUGGCGCAGCUGGGCGCGCUGCGCGUGCGCCGCGUCGCCGCGCUGCUCGCCGCGCUCUCCGCGCACGCGCAGUGGGAGGCACGACACGGCGCGCUGCUCGGGUUCAAGUACCUACUCGCCGCGCGACAGGAAGUAGCAUGCGAGAGUGGUGCCUUAGAAUACCUAAUCCAAGGUCUGGGUGACUCUGCAGAAGAUGUAUCGGCCGUGGCGGCCGGGGCCCUGGCCCCUGCGGCGGCGGCCCUGGGCCGGCGGCGCCCGGGGGCCGUGAAGACAGUAGUAGCACGGCUGUGGAGGUUACUGGCUGACCAAGAUGAUCUUGCUUCACCUGCCAACUCGUAUAUGGCGUUAUUAGCCGCGUUAAUGGCAUUGCCGGAACCUGCUAGCAUGUUGCAUCCAAUCGACUUGGCAGACGUACUACCCCGUUUGUGGCCAUACCUCGAUCACUCGACGAGCUCCGUCCGUAAGGCCACGCUACAAACUCUACGUACAUUGACCCGACCUCUAGUCACAAACCAGCCAACCAAAAACGGGACGGACUCAAACGGGAACAGUGACGUAACCAAUGGAAACAAUGACGUCACCAACGGGGAACAGGAGCAGUACCUGAACUGGACGCCCGAGUUGCUACAGGAAGCGAUGCGGCACAUAUACCAGAGGGUACUGUUUGAACACGUUCAUGAGAUACAGGAGAUUGCUGUGCAGGUUUGGGAGAACUUCCUAAAGUACGCUUCGUUAGGGGUGAUCCUGCUGGCCGCGUGUCCAAUGCUGGCGACGUGGCUAUGCCUGGCCAUGCAGCCCGCGCGACUACCCGUCGAACCUGCACUGUUACUGCAUCCACCUCCCAGGGAACGACGUGCACGCACGAACUCUCAGUCGGAGGGCGGUGCGGGUCCCGCGGAGUCGGCUGGGGAGCCCCGGCCGUGCCACAAGUGGUACGUGGGGGGCUCCGAGUCGCAGACCUGCGCCGCCCGAGACAGGAACGUCAUGCGGGCGCGCUGUCUCGCCGCGCAAAUACUUGGUUACCUGUCCUGCUAUUUAGUUCAACCUGCACCUGGUAUAGAGUACAAAGCUGAAGAUGAGAGCCCUAUAGACUGUUAUGUUAAGGUGAUGGUAGUAUACCUGCGAUCAGGCAGUGCCUUACAGCGCCUGCUGGGCAGCCUCGUGGUGUCGAGCUGGGCGCGAUACUCCCGGGACAAACACAUGUACCCGCCCACACUCACAUUCAACGGGGACACCGGGACUAAGGAAAACCAAGCUGACAAUAAACAAAGUAGUGAAGAACAGAAUCCAAUAUCGAAACUAGCGCCGCCACUACUCGCUAGCACAUUACACACCGCGCUGAACCAGGCUCUGUACUACGACGAGGUCGCGCUCAACUGUAACAGGAUACUACAAGAAGCUCGAGAUUUACACGCUAUGAUGAAGCAUUACAAAUUACCUGUCGACGGAGAAGAAUUGAGCAAUAUCUUGAGGCUGGAACAGGUAGCAUACCUAACGACGAUGUCGCAGCCGCUGGUGGCCGCAAUGAAGCUGAAGCGAGUAGCUCAGACGUUGGAGGAAAGACGCAAGAAUUUGCAGGCCGCUGUCAACCUCUGUACCAUUGAACAGGGAUCGCUUAAUGUCUCUGUGCAAGCGGCGCUGGCGGGAGCUUGUGCCAACCUCCAUUUGUUACCUGAGAAACUGAACCCAGUAAUCCGACCACUGAUGGAGAGCAUCAAGAAGGAACCCUCAGAGGAAUUACAACAGAAUUCGGCCGAUACCCUCGCCGUGUUACUGUCACAGCUCGUCGAUAGAGACCCUUGUCCCAACAACAAGGUGCUCGUCAAUCUUAAGGCGUUUCUCAGAUGCGAUCCUGAGUACACGCCGCGGAUAUCGUUAGAAAAUACAGAGGAGACCAACGGAGAUUCGGGCAGCGGGGACAGCGGACCCGAGGGCAAAGGGGAACAAAUGUCCAAUGUGCCAGCGCUGGACGCGCACGCGGGCAUAGUGACGCUGUGGGAGCAGCAGCGACGCGCGGAGGGCAGCGCCCCGCGCCGCGGCCGCCCGCCCGCCGCCUCGCUCGCCGCCGACCUCGCGCCCCCACACGAGGACGAGGCUCGCAAAUUAUUAAGGAUACAAAGACGUGGGGCUACGCUGGCCCUGACUAGUUUAGCGACGUACUUCGGUGAAGAGUUGCCGGAGAAACUGCCGAAACUGUGGGAGUUUAUUACUGAGCCGCUCGAAAGAGUUAUGACUGAUAGUGAGUUGGAGUCGCAGGAGAGCGCGGCGGCGGAGGAGAUAAUCAGCCGGCUGCAGGUGUUGGAGUGCGUGUGCGGCGCGCUGGCGGGCGGGCUGCGCGCGCGCCUCGCGCCCGCCGCCGCGCGCGCCGCACGACUCGCGCGCUCCGUCUACUCCGCGCUGCGACACAUGGCCGCGCGCGCCCUCGCCGCGCUCUGCCACGCGCACUACCCCGGCGCCAUGCACGCGCUCAUACACGAGGUGAUACCGGCACUGAGCGACUUACGCAGUGACUAUGUACGAUGUGGUGCAGCGGAAGCAUUGGCCCGAGUCGUAGACGCGUUACAGCUGCAGAUUGUCCCGUACAUUGUACUACUAGUCGUACCUUUGUUAGGACGAAUGAGCGAUCAUUGCGAGGCAGUGCGGAUAAUGUCAACGCGGUGCUUCGCGUCCCUUAUACAGCUGAUGCCGCUGGAUGGUGGAAUAGCGGAGCCUCCAGACCUCACGCCAGAGCUCAAGGCGCGUCGCCGACAUGACAAACAGUUCCUCGAGCAACUCUUCAACCCAAAGUCCAUCAAAGAUUACAAGAUACCCGUACCCGUGUCCGCAGAAUUGAGGUCUUAUCAACAAGCGGGCGUGAACUGGCUCCGGUUCCUGUACUCGUACAAGCUGCACGGCGUGCUGUGCGACGACAUGGGCCUGGGCAAGACGCUGCAGUCCAUCGUCGUCGUGGCCUCCUCCCACUGGGAGCGCAACGCGCAGCGACUGCCUGCGCUGCCCUCGCUCGUCGUCUGCCCUCCCACGCUCACCGGACACUGGGUAUUCGAAGUGAACAAGUUUAUACCCUCAAAGUUCCUGAAGCCUCUCCAAUACGUCGGCAUACCUUACGAACGCGAGCGGUUACGUCAUCACGUCAAAAAUUAUAACUUCAUCGUCGCCUCAUAUGACAUCGUGAGAAAGGACAUUGAUUUCUUCAGCAGUAUUAAGUGGAACUACUGCAUAUUGGAUGAAGGUCACGUCAUAAAGAAUGGGAAGACGAAAGUGUUUAAAGCUAUCAAACAAAUCGUUGCCAACCACAGAUUAAUUCUUUCGGGAACUCCUAUACAGAACAAUGUAUUGGAGCUAUGGUCUUUGUUCGAUUUCUUAAUGCCCGGCCUGUUGGGCACUGAGCGGCAAUUUACUGCGCGUUACUCGCGACCCAUACUCGCCGCGAGGGACGCUAAAGCAACACCGCAUCAGUUGCAGGCUGGGGCGUUAGCUUGUGAGGCUUUGCAUCGACAGGUGUUACCAUUCCUACUGCGUCGUGUGAAGGAGGACGUGCUAAAAGAACUGCCUCCUAAGAUCACUCAGGACUAUUACUGCGAGCUGAGCCCGCUACAACGAAGACUGUACGAGGACCUCUCCAAGGAACACAUGCCACAAGGCAUUACUUCACAUCAUACACACGUGUUCCAGGCGUUGCACUACCUGCAGAAUGUAUGCAACCACCCGAAGCUAGUGCUGACGGCGGAGCACCCCGAGGCGCGCGCCAUCGCGGCCAGUCUGCAGGACCAUCACUCCUCCCUCGACGAUAUAAACCACGCCGCCAAGCUGCCUGCGCUCAAACAAUUGCUCCUAGACUGUGGUAUCGGCACCCCAGCAUCUGACGUAGAGCCAGAGGCGGUAGUAUCCCAGCACCGCGCCCUCGUAUUCUGUCAGCUGAAGAAGAUGUUGGACAUAGUGGAGCAGGACCUCCUCAAGCGGCACCUGCCGGCCGUCACGUACCUGCGCCUCGACGGCAGCGUGCCCCCCCACCAGAGGCACGCUAUAGUCACACGAUUCAACAACGAUGUUUCUAUUGAUCUGCUGUUACUCACUACUGCGGUGGGCGGUCUCGGCUUAAACCUCACUGGUGCGGAUACGGUUAUCUUCGUGGAACAUGACUGGAACCCCAUGAAAGACUUGCAAGCCAUGGAUCGAGCGCACCGCAUCGGUCAGAAGAAGGUCGUCAAUGUUUACCGUCUCAUCACCAGAGAUACACUCGAAGAAAAGAUUAUGGGAUUACAAAAAUUCAAGCUGCUGACAGCAAAUACAGUAAUCAGUAGUGAGAACGCAGCAAUGGAAACAAUGGGUACGGAUCAACUACUGGACUUGUUCAACCUAUCAAGCAGUAACUGCGCGCCACAGCAAUCCUCGCAACAGUCAGCGGCAGGACCUUCUGGCAUGAAGUCAGUGCUCGAGACACUGCCCGAUCUCUGGGACGACAAACAAUACGAGGAAGAAUAUGACAUGACUAACUUUAUAAAAGGACUCAACAAAAUGAGCACCUAGUUGGAAAGUCGAUCCUCAAUAAGCUCGCGCCUUUUUACGGCGCCAUAUUGCAUGUAGUGAUUUGAAGGUUAUUUUUAAACAAAUUCGUCCAUCUUUACCCUGGGGAAGAGAACAUAUAGUUCUCUCGCUUACUCCUGCGACUGCAUGCAUUAUCAAAGCCGUUAAAUUACGAUGAUAAAAAUAUUGUGAUGAUAAAAUACAACAAGAAGGUUGGUGAAAAUAUUUUAAAUAUUUUGUUGUUGAAGUAUAUUGACUAACUUCACAUAUUAAUAGAAAAAAAAAAAUUAUGAACUCGUUUUGUAGAUGUAAACGACAUGUACAAAUUGUACAAUAUAGGUGAGGGGGCACUGGUAACAUCUAUACGCGUUAUGAUUGUAGCUAUGUUGUUUAGCAGCUGGGGACUCGCAUUUCAGACAUCGCUUAGUUUAUAAAACUCUUUAAAACCAGUGCGUCCACAUUCCUAGUUAUGAACCUUCCUUCAGAGAUUUAACAAAGUUAGGUAUAUGUAACUUAGUCUUCGAAGGUUGGUUGCUAUGUUUGAAGAGGCUGACCCAUUCUAGUAGUUAUAAUAUAGAUGUAGACACAGACAGCUUUAGCGAGUUGCCUUACUUCACGAAUCUUGUAUUUCUAAAUGUCGUCGUUCUAAGAUUGUAGAUUUAUAAUACAUAAGCUGUUUCUUGCACGCAGUAAUCAUUUGACAUUCAUAAACUUUCUUCAAAAACUUUAUUUUACCAAGCAACCGCUUAUGUUGCGUUAAUGUUUUCAAUAUUCUGAUAAUUUACUUUCUGAGUAUUUACCUUUCUGAAAUUUCGUCAAUUAUAUAACAUGCUUAUAAUUAGAUUUAAGAUACUUUCGUAUUAUAAAUACAAUUAAAAAUAAGGUACACGCAUCUUCCUUAAUUGUUACGAACGAAUUGUGAAUAAUUCGACAUUGUUUAAUAAGAAGUAUGAAUAAGUUACGUGUAAUGCAAAAAUUACUAUAGUAACCAACUUCAUAACCAUAACUUUUCCUAAAGUUCAAAUAUUAGUUGAGAAUAAUAAUUGGUAUCGUUGCAUCUUCUAGUUGCUUAGAUAAUAAAGAUAGUAUAUAGCUACGUUAACGUUAGGUGAGCAAACCAAAUUGUUUUAGACAUAAAAUUAUUAUAUUGUAACUCUGACCAUGCUUUGUUGUUUACAUAUUUAUUAACUAUUUACCUACGUAAACAUUGAGUAGUGUGACUCUGUAAGCUAUUUUCAAAUGCAAGGUUCCUUGUGUAAGAAAUUACCUCAAUGACUUGAUUUUUCCUCUAUGAUUGAUUAGUUAAUUUAUUUUAGUAGCGUUAUAAGGAACAGUCAUGCUGCUUUAGUCAUUUUUGUAGUGUUUAGUUAAGGCGCAAUGUCAUGUUUUAUUGUUUGGUUUGAAUGAUUUUGUUUGCUGUUUUGUACCUGCUCAAUAUAAAACAACAGUCUCGAAAAAAUGUUUUGUUUGGUUUGUUUAAAAUUGCAUUUUUAGUGAUUUGAAUAAAUGUUUGCUGACAUAUAAUUAAGAAUUGUAAUGCGUGACAAAGAUAUUGACAUAGGUGAGUUUUUCAUGUGAAAAAAUAUAAUUGUUUAAAUAAAUUAUAUAUUUAAUUUUUCUAUGUCAAAUUUAAUGUGUCGACGUAAAUAACAUAACUUAAUGUUGUGUGGUAAUCGCACGUACGUCCAGUCUUUUUGGCAUAGUUAUACUGUUUGUCUAUGUCUGGAUAAAAAUAAAGCGUUUUUUU